ACACCUGUAUUUUGUUAAUAUUUUACGUAUCUAAGUUUUCGGAAACAAAAAAAAUUUAUUAUUUUUAAGUGUCCGAAAACAUGAGUAAAUACAGUAAUACAUGUUGAGGUAAAUUGUGUAGGCACUGUAAUCCACUGCAUUGUAUCUGUUCUAAUAAGGCCAAUGACAGGGAGUUUGUUGUGGUGAACAGGUAAAAUAGGCACAUAUUGUGGACAGUGGUAAAUAGGCACAGAAUGUGGAGGACAUAGUGUUGAAUUUUGAUAUGCUAAUGACAGAAGAAAACAGCUGUUCUCAAUGAUAUAUAAAUCACUAGAGCAUGAUAUAUUUUGGCCUAAAAACCUUGUUUACUUAAGUUUCAAGUUAGACUGGUUGAAAGCAGUUUGAGAGUAAAAUAGAUCAUGAUGAAGCAAGGCCUAUUGAAUUAGGGAGUGAUACAUCAUUUGAAGAGGUGCCAAUUUACUUGAGUUAACAAGAUUGUGUGGAGAACAGUUGUGCAAAUUAUUCAUAGAGUGAAGUGCUGCAUUAUUCAAAUUAGAAUAUUCUGUUGAACUGAUACUGAAAUAAAUACUGAAAUAAAUAAUUGACACCUUUUAAACUGCAACUGAAACAUCAAUGGUGGAUAAUGUCUGUUUGCCUUAGGCCACAGAGGACAGAACUGUAUAGUGGUUUACAAAUCGUACCUUCUGGCUUCAGCUUUCCAGAGUUAUCGUUGCAAGGUGACAUGUCUUAUGAGUGGUCCGUCAAUGACAACGGAAUGGACAAACAGACCUACAUGCAGAGUCCUGAGAAGCGAAUGAAGACUUCUCACUACGCCGAGAUCAAGUAUCCCUUGGUCCACAAAUUUUACACUGAGUUGAAAAAUCCAUUGUACAACGACAUAUCAAGCAGUUACCAGCCACCUUCCACUACUGCUGGGGGCAUGAAAGACCCUCAUAAGUCUAUGCCUGUCUAUGUAGAUAACUCAGCGUCAAAUCUGGCAUUGGGUGUUGAACUCAGUGCCGCCUCGUACAACAUGAGUGAAGCUCUACUGUCACUACCUGUUUUUAAACAAGACUCUUCCAAAAUAAAUUUCCAGUACAUUCUUGGAGCGGCUACCUCACAAGCAGUGAAAUUGAACGAGGAGACAUUAACAUAUCUUAACCAAAUGCAGUCAUAUGAGGUCAAGAUAAAGAAACUUGGCACUAUCAUUGGCUCGAAGGUUUUGUAUAGGAGCACAUUACGUGUGUGCUUCCACGAUAGGCGACAUCAGUUCAUGGGGACAGAACUGCUUGAUUUCUGGUCAAAGUCUCGACCAGGGGAGAGAAUUCUUGAUGUUGACAUUCCAUUGUCGUACGGAUUGAUUGACGUGAUUGUUAAUCCCCGAGAACACAACACCAUUGACUUUGUUUGGGACCCAUCAAAAGACACUGGCAUUUAUGUGAGAGUGAAUUGUAUAAGCACAGAAUUCACUGCACAGAAGCAUGGCGGGGUGAAAGGUGUUCCGCUCCGCCUGCAAGUUGAGACCAGAGAUUCUGAAAGCCAAGAUUCCCAGCUUAUUCACUGUGCCUCCUGCAAAAUGAGAGUCUUUAAACCAAAAGGUGCUGACCGCAAACAUAAGACAGAUUGGGCAAAAAUGAGCAAGAAAACCCUUAUUCAAAAGGAAAACUACCAUUCCUCAUAUGAAUGCACUGUUUUAACGGAAAUCCCAGUUGAACAAGUGAUUCAUGCCCAGGUCGAGAAACAGCAGUCACUGGUUCACAAGGAAAGUAAGGUCUCAAGCAGUUGCGAUCAGUUCAGCAACCACAGCCUACCGAUUUGCUCUAGCCCAAACAGUCCUCCAAGUACAGACAUUAAACUGGAGCAUUCAACAUCUCUUAACGAGCUGAAAUACCCGCCAUCAUCACCUGUCAGCGCAAACAGCGUGUCUAGCGAUGGCUCGUUGACAUCGUUGAUCCCCAAAACAAUGUCUGUCUAUGCUACUGCGAAUGAAGUUAAAGCCUGGUUGUACCACAACCGCUUUGCCAACUACAUCAGCCUGUUCCAAAACUUCACAGGGGCUGAUGUCCUACGCCUGAAUCGCGAUGACCUGGUUCAGAUCUGCGGACUCGCUGACGGCAUCCGCCUUAACAAUGCGCUGCUCUCGCAUGCAGUUAGAUCGAGACUUACAGUGUUCAUGUGCAAGGAAACUGAUGCAGCAUUCACGGCAGUGUAUCUGGAACAGUGUUCUAGUCAAGAAUUGAUUAAAAAAAUAACGGAUAUUGUCAAGAUUGGUCAGUGCACGGUCAGUGAUGUGUUCAUUCAAGGACCAUCCGCAAUAAAUGUGCGACUUACCAAUGAUGUUGUACAGAACUUUGCUGAUCAGACGAGGCUUGUCAUCAAAACUAUUAACGAUGCUGAUAACCCAAACUGUGUUCGAAUCCUUCUUAAGCGUUUGGAAUAGACAUCAAAAUUAUUAACGAUGCUGAUAACCCAAACUGUGAUCGGAUCCUUCUUAAGCGUUUGGAAUAGACAUCAAAACUAUUAACGAUGCUGAUAACUGAGACUGUAUUCGGAUCCUUCUUAAGUGUUUGGAAAAGACAUCAAAACUAUUAACAAUGCUGAUAACCCAGACUGUAUUUGGAUCCUUCUUAAGCGUUUGGAAUAGACAUCAAAACUAUUAACGAUGCUGAUAACCCAGUCUGUAUUCGGAUCCUUCUUAAGCGUUUGGAAUAGACAAUGUUAUUUUGCUCAACUACAUGUUGCGCUGUUUUUGCAAAGUUUUUCAACACAUUUUAAAGAUUCUCUUUGUUUUUUCUUGUCCUUUUUUUUGUUGUAUAUUUCUAUGAAGAUAAGAUGCCUUAUAUGUUUUUUUUGUUUGUUUUUUUACAUUCCAGAAACGACUUAACUCUUUAUUUCAAGGCAGCAACAUAAUUUGUUCAAAUCCUUUUAUAAAAAUAAUUAUUUGUAUUUGUUAACGGGUUUCUCAAGCAGUGUUGUAUGCCUUAUAUUUAUAACAAUCAUUUAAUAAACAUUAUUUCAUUAAAGUGCAUGACUAUUAUUUUUGUACAAAUUACAUAUUUAUAUAAAGAAAUCAAAUUCGUUAGUCAUAAUAAGCUUUAUUUUUAUCAUAAAUGACUUUUUGCUCAUUACAAACACAAAAAUGCUCUAUGACCUGUAUGUUUGUUACAUGUGAGUUCAUGAAUCAAUAUAUAUUACUAACAGCAUACAUGCCAUACGUCCCGGAUUGUCCAGGACAGUCCUGGCAAUGAAGAACUUGUCCCGCUGUCCCGGAAAUCUGUCAAAUGUCCCGGAAUUUACAAAAUCCAUAUAUACAUAUACCUUAUCUUAGGCUUAACUGCACCUUGAAUCUGUGUAUAUCUGCAGCGUCUCCAUGACAAUGCCUACCCGAAUAGGCAGACUACGCUACGUGUCAAAAUCUAUCAAUUAACAGGUGUCCUGUUAUCAUAUCGAUUGUCUCACGUUCGCGGUCAAACCGAAAAGGCGGCAUUGUUUAAUGUGGUUGUUAAUUGACUUUAAUCUACUACGUCAUUAUUUCCCGCUGCGUACGGGCAAAGGAUAGUUGUUCACACAUCUGAAGUCCACCAUCGCUGAGUAAAAAAAAAAUUGUGAUUGGUUGUAUGUAUUGUGAAUUGAUUUGAGUUGACGAUCUAACGGUACUGUAUUGUUGUAUUUUUUAUUAUAUAAAUGUUAUAAAUGAAUAAAGGCGUAUCAACAACUACGCGUUACACACCGGUCUUGAUAACAAUAACGCAGUGACGUCACCAUCUAUGUUUAGAACGCUUAAACUGAAAACACGUGGCUUGUAUCUAGUAACGGAAGUAGUAAUGUUUAAUUUGACGUUAAUAGAUCAAGUGUAUUUCGGAUAGGCUUUGGAACUUUUGCAAUUAACAAUGCGAAACAGAAAAAAACGUACAAAAAAUGCAUAUGUCUAUAAAUAUCGCUACAUUUUACACAUGUCCCGGGAAAUCGGCAAAAGUCCCGGACAAUUUAACUCAAUGUCCCGGAAUUGGUCUGAAAAAUUAUGGCAUGUAUGCUAACAGACUCUGGCAGCUAAUGUUCCGGUUGCUUGUAUUCCACGCGCAGGAUAUUUUCAAAAAGUAUUGUUUGGAAUCAAUUAUUUUAAAAGUUAAGACUUUUGAAAUGUCGCCACUUGUGCAAAUUGUGAGAUUGAACCUAAAUUUUAAUAUAAUUGUUUAUCUGUUUGUCAAUAAUAAGUUGCUUGAUUUAAUUAAUUCCUAUGAUAAUCAGAUUCAUGUAUAAAUGAUAGUUCUUAUAUCUGUUUUUGUAAACAGUUAAAGGACUGAGAGAAUGUAUUUUGGUGUAUACUAAAAGGUCCCAAAGAUUUGCAUAAUGUUUUUGUAACCAUUAUAUUUCUGUGUGAAUAUUGUUUGAAUUGUUAAACUUACUAUGAAUAUGGCCUUGCUCUGUGAAAAGGGGGUUUAAUGCAUAAGCCUUAAUUGUAGUUAGAGAUAAGCCUGUGCAGUCUGCACAGGCUAUUCAGGCACAACACUUUCUGCCGUUACUGGAUUUUGAUAAAGAAGAGACUUUAUUAAAACCAAAAAUAAUAUAAAAGCUGUAAGUGUCGUCCCUGAUUAGUCUGUUUGGACAGCACAGGCUAAUCUGGGAAGAGACUUAAAGCACAUGCAUUAAACCCCCUUUUCACAGAGCAAGGCCCAAUUAAAUAGAAAUAGUCAAAUAUUAUCAGGAGAAAUAUAAAUGUCUGCUAGUCAUUAUUAUGAGCCAUAUUCUACUAUUUUUUUUGUAUAUUUUUUCAUAAGACAUUUCAUGAGUUUGUCACACAUUAUUUAUGGAAUGCAAUGUAUGAUUUAUUCAGAUAAAUAAUCAAGAUAACAUUUACUUGAA